AUGAGCGCCUUCAUCAGCUUUGCCACAGAGGCCCUCAAUGUGUCCAAGACCUUCCCAGGGAUCCGCUUCUACAUGCUGACCCUGGUGCAGAACUUCUACAUCCCCUUCAUUCGCGAUUUUGUCCUCGCGCAUGGCAUGUGCGAUUGCGCGCGCUCCACCUGCCUGCGCCUGCUCACCAGGGCGAAAGGAAGCGCCAUCGUGCUGUGUGUGGGGGGAGCCAGGGAGGCACUCCUGGCGCAGCGUGACCAUUUUGAGAUCGUGCUGGGGAAGCGCCUGGGGUUUGUGAGGAUAGCAGUGCGGACGGGGUCUGCGCUGGUGCCGGUGCUGAGCUUUGGCGAAAACAACAUCUACCAAGUCGCUAGACCGGCCGAUGGCACCUUCGCCGCGCGCCUCCAGAGGAACUUGCUGAAGCUGCUGGGCCUGGGGUUCCCCAUCUUCCACGGGACAGGCAUCAUGCUCAGCUCCAUAGGGAUGCUGCCAUAUCAGGGGCCCAUCUACGUCGUGGUGGGGGCGCCAUUCGAGGUGCCAAAAUUCGAGGGCGACAUCAACGGCGAUGAAGGGAGACGGGCGGUGAGGGAGGCGCAUGAAAAGUAUGUGGCAGCGCUGAGGGGUUUAUGGGAUGCGCACAAGGGGCGAUAUGCGCUGGAGCGGAAGGGAACGCUCAAGAUCGUGGACCUCCCACCAGCCCCUCAGACGGGCACCGUCUUUUCUCGCCACGAUGACCAGCACUACAAGGAGCACUUGAAGCACCUGUGCCCUCGCAUGUGUCGCACCCGCAGCUUGCCGCUGGAUCAUCACAUUGGGUCACCCCCUGGCAAGACCUACGAGGAUAUUCACAGACGGAAUCUGCUGGCGCUUGGGCUGUUUCUGACAGCUGCUCAGGCCGCGGGCGAGGCCUCAGCCGGGCAGUCCAACUCGCAGCUGGCCGAUCAGUACUAUGACCGGACAGCAGAGAUGGUGGGAAGGAUUAAGGACGUUCUAGACAUCGACCUCACCAACGAUGAUAGUGUUCCGAAGCUGGAGGACUUUAAAAAGUCAGCCAACGCUUACGUGGCGGACUAUCGUCGCCUUGUGUCGCCUGGACAGAAGAGCUUUGCAGAAGUCUACGGUGUUGUCACAGCGAUGGUGGGCCACUUCACUGUUUUUGGCCUGGGGAAGAAGGCAUUCCCAGCCAAGCUUAAGGAAAAGCAGGAGAAACGCGUGGCACUUGCUGAGAAGCUGCUGGAGAGGGAGCUUGCGCGUGAGAGGAAAGUGGCAACAGUGGUGCACCCGCCCACUGCAUUUGUGGGAUGACUCAUCCCACAGCGGAUGACUCAUUUAUUGCAGCAGCAGCAGCAGCAGCAGCGGCGUCAAGUAGCCUUCGAGACAUUGGGGCACCCCUUUCCAUUGAAGCUGACUGCGUGGGAGCUCUGAUUACCCAUUGUAAUGCUUAGACAGAAACCCACGGACUGAAUUCUUUUAUCCCGGCACUUUCAGGCCGCAGAUUUCCGCAUUUGGGCAUUUUACGCAGUCUCUUGUCAUGUCACUAAGACAGAGAUGGGUUUUGAGCAGCGGUGACAUGGCGUGGAGCCUUUCUAAAAUGUGAGAUGCAGAGGAGAGAAUUUCGUGGACAUGCAGCAGUCUUGCUUGUCUCUUGUGAGUGGAUUUUGUCUCUCCCAGCUGUGUGGCUUUUCUGCAGCUUCGUGCACCUUGUUCUGCUGUCUUAAUGGUUCCAGCAGCUGUGCAGAUUUGACAAUUGUUACUCAAUGCGCAAGAUAUGAGUCUAUGUGCUAAUUGUGAUACAAGGCGGUCACUGCCAUUAUGAUGGUUAUGGGGCAUACCUGUCCAUGCCAUGUAAUGAGAAAAGCAGGUUGC